AUGCCCCCUCAGAGGAAUUUAUCCAGCUUUGUGGAGCUUUUUCUGCUGAUCCGUUGCUUGCCCUCGGCUGCUGACUGCCUGUUCUGCAAGGAGCUCAAGGAAGAACGUUUGGCUCCUCUUCGUUAUUUCCACGGAGGACGCAGCGCACCCAUCCAAUCAG